AUGUCGCACGAGAGUGUCUGGUACUCGCGCCCACGCACCUACGGAAAGGGAGCCAGAGAGUGCCGUGUCUGCACCCACAAGGCUGGUCUCAUCCGCAAGUACGGCCUCAACAUCUGCCGUCAAUGCUUCCGUGAGAAGUCGAGCGACAUCGGUUUCACCAAGCACCGGUAA